AUGUCAUCACGUGGACAACCACUGUCUAAUUCUAUCUCUACUAUCUUUGAUGAAGAAUUUCCUUUAACUCUUGAACCUAAAAUUGAAAAGCUUACAUUUGGAAGUAAUUAUGCUAUUCAAGGAAUUCCAUUAAGUGAAACUAUUGGUUUUUAUAAUAACACAGAUAAUACUUAUAAAUUAACAGUGACAACUGGUGAAUCACCAAAAUAUGAAUUAAGUGUUGAUGAAAGUAAGUUUACUAUUAAAAAAGGAGAACGAAUUCAAAUAAAAAUUACAUUAGUAUUUCGUCAUUAUGCUACAAUGGGAUUAACUGGUCAAGUUCAAUUUUCUUUAAAGAAAAAAUCAUUAAUGGGAGGUGAAAGUAUUCAACGAGCACUUCGUUUCCAAUUAGAAGGUGUUGUUCCAGCUUAUAAUGAAAAAGAUUUGGUAAAAUCAUCAGAUGAUGAACAAUUUAGAGUUGGAAUGAUCAAUGGAGUAUUAUCUAUGGUAAAAAAUGAAAGUGUUGUUGCAUUCAAAUAUAAUGUAAAAGAUGAAUUUGAAAAACAAGAUUAUGAAUUUAUUCAAAGUGUCUAUAGAGAUAUUCAUCAUCCAGCAAUUCUUGGUAUGGCAGGAAUUGUAUUAUCUUCAUCCACUAUUCUACUUGAUGGAGAUACAGUUACUGAUCUUCAAAGUUUAAUGGAAAAAGAAAAAAUGGCUGUUCCAUUCUUAUUA